AUGGUCCAAAGAAAGGUUCCCAACAAGCUUGGUAUCCAAGCUGAUCAUGUUCAAGGAGGAACUGAUAGGAUGAAGAAAAUGAAGAAGUCAAGGACAGUUAAGCUUUCUGAUUUGGAGGGCCUUCAAUCACCAUCUUCAAGGAGGAGCUUAUCCCAACAAAGAAAGUCACCACGUCUUCAUGUUCCAACUACUGCAGCAUUAACACAAAAGGAGAAGCCUUUGGUGAGAAAGUCCCCUAAUUACAUGAAGCCCACCAGCAGUUCAGAUGCAAAAAAGGAGCUUUUGCCAGUGAGUCUUCGGAAUACCCAAUCUGGUUCAGAUGGUAAGAAUCUACCACGAAAAUUUUCAAGUGAUUCAAACACUAGUUGUGUUUCUAGUAAGAAACCUGCAAAAGAUUUGUCAAUAUCCUCUAGUUUGAAUGUGGCGAGAACAUUAACAAAGGCUCCUACUUUUAAGCCUUGUAGAGUUUGUCCGAGAAAAUCAAUCACAGGAGUUCUGAGUGCAGAUAUGACUGCACCAGAGAGAGCUACCUGCUCUUCAACUCUGAAAGACUCUAAAUUUCCUGCAUACCUCAUGCUUAAUCCUGGGGGUAUUGAAUCUGAGGGAGCUUCAGUCAUGAAGGUUUGCCCAUAUAUAUAUUGUUCUCUUAAUUGCCAUCGCCAUGCUCCUGUGCCUCCAUUAAAGAACUUCAUGUCAACAAGGAGGCGUUUUUUGAAGACUCAGAAGAGUAUAAAGCUGGAAGCUCUGAGCCCUCGAAGAUUGAAGGUUCCCUGUGAGACAAAGGAGGACUCUGAUAUUGAGCAGAUUGUCAUUGAAGGAAAACCUGCAUGUGAUGAAGCUGAUACAGGUAAUCCAAUAAUCAUUCCCUUGGCACAAGAAAUUGGUAUGGAUUUCUUUAUCGAAAUCUAUGCCAAGGAAAAGGGAGGAGGUGGCAAAAUGGGAAGACUCGACUCAAUCAAAAACCUUGCAGAUCAAGAAGAUAUCAAGUCAACAGUUAAGGAGAAUGGCAUUGCAACAGAAGAGGAUGGUGUCAAAUACCAAGGGGAGCUUUCAUCCAGAGCAACAUGUUGA